CGUCAUCAGCGUGCGCGUUGUGUUUACGUUUCCCUACACACACAGACACACACACACGCGCGCUUCAACAUGGAACAUGCAGGGUUAACUUUGUUCUUCUGUCUGCUCGGCCGCUUCGUUAAUCACUUUAUAUCGACCGAGAUCAGACUCAUCAGAAAAAGGAGAUUAAGGAUUAGAGACUUAAUUUUAAAUUCACACAACAGGAUACGACGCAAAAGACGAAGACAAAGACAGAUCCAGAUGUAUUACCUGUUACGUCGGAGGCCGCCUUCAGUUUGGGUCCAUCAGAGAGCAAACGACUGGUGGACUGUUGUCGUUCCAAACUUUACAGAUGAUCAGUGGAGCCAGAAUUUCCGAAUGUCUGAAGAAACGUUCUUGUACCUUUGCCAUAGAUUGCGAACAGCAAUGGAGAAGCGGGACACCAACUUUCGUCUGUGUGUACCCAUAAAAAAAAGGGUAGCCAUAGCACUAUGGAAGCUGACCACCAACAGCGAGUUAAGACUCGUUUCACAUUUGUUUGGUGUUGGUGUUACUACAGUGUGGAGAUGCGUUCGGGAAUUCUGCUCAGCAGUUAAUGAAGUACUGCUUCCAGAACUGAUACCGUUCCCAAAUAAUGAUAAGCUUAUGGAAAUGGCCAUGAACUUUGAGCAGAGAUAUGGACUUCCACAAUGUGUUGGGGUUAUCGCUGGGUCACAUAUUCCCAAUGUUCCCACAGAGUACCAUGCAGAGUAUUUUAACCACAUGGGCUGGCAUUCUAUCAUACUACAAGGAGUUGUAGAUGGAAAUGGACUCUUCUGGCAUGUAUUUGCAGGAAGUCCUGGCAGUAUGCAUGAAGCUACAGUUCUGCAUGUGUCAGGGUUGUGGGAUCUCAUAGGACAAGGACUAUUUCCAAACAAUAGCAAAAAUAUUGCUGGUCAUGAUGUUGGCUACUACCUCCUUGGGAAUGCUGCACUUCCAUUACAGAGCUGGCUCAUGAAACCAUUCUCGGUCAUGGGGCAGCUAACGGCUGAACAGGUGGCAUACAACCAGAAAAUCUACCAAGCAAUUUGUGUGGCUGAAAAUUCUUUCGUUCGGCUGAAGGGACGAUGGAGAUGCCUUCAAAAACGCAAUGACAGCCACAUAGACCUUAUAAAAACAAUGGUUCUUACCUGUUGUGUUCUCCACAACUUUUGUGAAACACACGGUGAGCAGUACAGUGAGGAAUGGGACCCUCCUGCUGCAGGAGACCAGAUUUUGAUGCCACUGUCACCAGAGGGAGAUGCCGAGGGUGCAGCUGUAGGUGUGCGUGAUGCCCUGGUGCAUUAUCUAAACACAGACAAUUGUUCGACACCAUUGCCUGAGUAAAGCAUAUAAGACCCGGCUGUCUCCGGCGUUAUUGAUAUAGUUAAAUAUGCCAAAGUAGUAAAGAACAGACAGGGGUAUAAUGAUGCAGUUUUCACAUUUCAGUUCUCUGCAAAUCGAGACAAAAUUUGAAAGAAGAAAAAUUCUGACUGAAAAGACUUUUUAUUUCUGUAUAAUAAACACAAAAAAUGUU